AGUGAAAAAGUUGGUGGAGCAGAAGGAACUAAGCUAGAUGAAGACUUCAAAGAAAUGGAAAGGAAAGUGGAUGUCACCAGUAGGGCCGUGAUGGAAAUAAUGACAAAGACAAUCGAAUAUCUUCAACCCAAUCCAGCCUCCAGAGCCAAACUCAGCAUGCUCAACACCAUGUCUAAAAUUAGAGGCCAAGAAAAAGGACCCGGGUAUCCUCAGGCUGAAGCCCUGCUUGCAGAUGCCAUGCUAAAAUUUGGGAGAGAACUUGGAGACGAGUGCAAUUUUGGCCCAGCUUUAGGUGAUGUUGGAGAAGCUAUGAGGGAGCUGUCUGAGGUGAAGGAUGCUUUGGAUAUUAAUGUGAAGCAGAAUUUCAUUGAUCCGUUGCAAAAUCUUCAUGACAAAGAUCUGAGGGAAAUACAGCACCAUCUUAAAAAAAUGGAGGGCAGACGCCUAGACUUUGAUUACAAGAAGAAAAGACAAGGCAAAGUCCCAGAUGAGGAGGUCCGCCAAGCUCUAGAGAAGUUCGAUGAAUCAAAAGAGAUUGCUGAAUCCAGCAUGUUUAAUCUGCUGGAGAUGGAUGUUGAACAAGUGAGCCAGAUUUGUGCACUAGUACAAGCCCAGCUGGAAUACCACAGGCAAGCCACAGAGAUUCUCCAACAAGUCAGUCUCAAGCUGGAAGAAAGAAUAAAAGAAACAUCGGUUCAGAUCAGAAGAGAAUAUCAGCCAAAGCCCCGGAUGACCUUGGAAUUAAGUGACAAUAAUCAGCACAAUGGAGGGCACUCUAAUGCUACCACUCCUAAGCCUUCAGCGCCAUGUUUCUCUCUUUCCUCUCUUUUUCCUUUCCACACAGGUGGCGUGGGCAUGGAUCAGCCGUGUUGUCGAGCUCUGUAUGACUUUGACCCUGAAAAUGAAGGGGAGCUUGGUUUUAAAGAAGGCGAUGUCAUCACCCUCACUAACCAGAUUGAUGAUAACUGGUACGAAGGCAUGAUUCAUGGGCAGUCUGGCUUCUUCCCCAUCAAUUAUGUGGAAAUUCUUGUUCCUUUGCCUCAUUAGGGUAGCCCAUCCAUCUAUCAAAAUUA